AUGUUUCUUUUUUUUUUGUUUCUUUGUUAUUUUUUAUUGUUGAUGAUAUGCUUUGUUCUGUUUUGUUUAUUUACUCGGCUGCUCGUUUCCUGCACUAGAAAUGAUCUCAUAACAACGUUCUUGCCUCUUUGGUGUUGUUUUCGUCAACAAAAAGUUUGUAAACAAAGGAGUUGCAAACCAAAAAUAAAAAGACAAAAGAAAAUUCAAACAUUUUCUUCAAAAAAAAAUCCCCGAACAAUAAAAAAAAUCACAGAUUUUUGUCCCGCCUUUUUUUCUCGAGAAAUUGAAAAACUUUCCGUUGUCUUUGAUUUCAUGUUGCUUUGUUCCGUUUUUUUUUACUUUAUCUUUUAUUUCUCCGAUUUGUAUUUCUUUCCUUGGCUUUUUUAUAGCUAUGAUAAGGAUAAAGUUAAGAAUUUAGACCUGGUAAUACCGGGUUUAGCUACAUGUACAUACAUACAUAUAUAUAGAUAUAUAUAA